UUCCCAACUUUUGUAUUGUACUUUUUCCCUGCCCUCCACCCGCCUACAAAAGGUGGAGGGAGGAGGAGCCUCUGCACUUAAGUUAGUCCUUCUCAUCAUCUCCUCUCCGGGUCUCUGUUAACGAGUAUUUUAUUUUAUUUUAUUUUUAAGAGGAGUGGUGCCUGGUGGUAGUAGCUCUCCUCAUCUUUGCCCAUUUGCUGGUGCACAACUAAUCUGCAGUGACUGAGCUUCCUUGCUUGCUUGCAAUUGAAACCCAGCCCUGGAAGAAACCAAUCCUCAACCUCAAGGAGGCAACAGGGGGCAAAGGCUACUCCUAAUAAUCCUAUAGGCUGCUGAGCUGAGGAAGCAAAGCAAAGGAAAAGGCAGUAGCUAGCAGCUAGCAGCAACCACCAAAGAUGGGGGAAGGGGAAUCCUUCCUGCCCUCUUGAUGGAUUGAUGAUGUUCUUUGCUGCAUUGGUUUCAGGCUCUCUCUCUCUCUCUCCGUCCGUCCUCCGCUUGCUUCUUGUUCGAGAGUGGUAGCUGCUUCUUCUCCUUCCCUUUUUUAUCUGUCUCUCUGAAUCUUUUGCUUGCUGUCUGAUUCCUUCUCCUUCCCACCUACCCUCCCUCCCCAACCACACAUCACACACGCACACACACACACACACAGUGUAUUGUUACUGCCAUUGGUAAAUAUAAAAGGAGGGAGCAGUGGAGGUGGAGGUGGAGGUGGAGGUGAGGUGCCCCCAGCUCGCCUCUCGGCAAUUAUUGCCACCUUUGGAGUUUGGAGUCCUCCAAUAGGAGUCUCCUCCCUCCGUCGUCCUCUUCCUGUGCUGUCUGCAACCACUGCCCUCCUCUUCCUUCCCUUCACCCCUCGCCUUUUCUUGGACCGGGGUUGGUGCUUGCUUCCAUCCAUCCGUGUCCUCCGCUCGCUUUAAAGCUUAAGCCACCGCUCGCUGCAGCUGCCCCCGGCCGCCUGGCCUAGCAGCAGCUCACUGUGCUGUACUGCUGUGAGAGAGCACCCACGACGCACGACCACGAGCACGAGCCCAGCCCUCGCCUCGUCCCCUUCCUUUGUUCUUGGAUUCUUAAUUGCAUGCUGUUGCUGCUGUGAUCUCCGUCCCGUCCUCCAAAGCUUUUGCUUGCUUGCAAUCAACUUUGCUUUUGGGGUCUCUCUCUGUCUACUCUCCCCGGCCUCUUUCCGUCCUAGCGAGCAGUUGUCUGUCUCCGACGACCUGCUUCUGCGCAGGCAGCAGCAGAGCAGAAAGGCCCCCUCCCAAAAUCCACCAUUUGGAGCAGCCAGCCGCCGCCAGCGACGACGGUGCCUUCCUGGUCGAGUUGAGUCCCAAGGAGAGAGCUGCUACUACGUGCUACUCCCAGGCAGCAAGGAUCCCGAGAACAAGCAAUAACGUACACGCUCGUUGGGACAAGCCUGUCGCCAUGGACUGGGACGCCAAGAUGCUUCCUGCCUGGGACCUCGGCACGGUGGUCGGGCCCAGCAGCAGCGGAGGCGUAGGCGUAGGCGGUGGCGGCGCGCUGGACCUGAAGCUGGGCGCGCCGACGAGCUCGAGGGUGGUGGCCACGGCCGCCGCGGCCGUCGGUGCCGCGCCCACGCUGCCGUCAGCGAACCAUCCGCCUCCGCCGGCACCGGCACCGGCACCGGCGCCGUCGUCGUCCGCGCCGGCGAAGCGGCCGCGGCCGGGGCACGCGCAGCAGGCGGUGCCGGCGUGCUCCGUGCAGGGCUGCGACGCCGACCUGUCCCGCUGCCGCGACUACCACCGCCGCCACAAGGUCUGCGAGGCGCACUCCAAGACGCCCGUCGUCACCGUCGCCGGCCAGCAGCAGCGCUUCUGCCAGCAGUGCAGCAGGUUUCAUCUGCUCGGGGAGUUCGAUGAGGUGAAGAGGAGCUGCAGGAAGCGCCUUGAUGGGCACAACCGCCGCCGCCGGAAGCCACAGCCGGACCCUCUCAACCCUGCCGGCUUGUUUGGCAAUCACCAUGGAGUGACAAGGUUCACAUCGUACCCGCAGCUCUUCACCACAUCCAUGGCAGAGCCCAAAUGGUCGGUGGUUAAGACGGAGACCGACGUGUUCCAAGACCAGUACUACCCGGCCGUCCACCUCGAUGGUGCCGGCGCCGGUUCCCUCUUCCACGGCAAGGACCGGAAGCACUUCCCGUUCCUGACCAACCACAACAAUGGCGGCGGUGACGUGGCCGCCGCGGCCCUGGGCUGCCAACCCUUCACCAUCACCACGACGGCUUCCUCAGAGAGCAGCAGCAAGCAGAGCAACGGCAACUGUGCUCUCUCUCUUCUGUCAGACAACCCGACACCAGCACAGACGGCCAUGAUCCCAACCGCGCAGCCCCUCGGCCCGGCGAUGCAGUACGGCAGGCUCCCUGGCAGCGGCGGCGGCAGCGGCGACGUCUCCCUCACCGGGAUGUCGUACAUGAGGGUGGCAGACAGCAGGCAGGCAUCCAUGCUGACAACUUCGUCACCCAGUCACACUGCAGUUGCUUCCCCUGGUCCGGCUACUGCAGCUGCAACACAGCACCAGCUGCAGUACCACCAUGGCUACUACCAUGUGAGCGGUGGCGAGCAGGGCAACAACCCAGAUGGUGCUGCCAUUCAGGCCCUUCCCUUCUCAUCGUGGUAGACGAGUUCUGAUGAAUCAUGUGCUAGGCAGGCAGUCGCUCUUGUUCACCAAACAUAUUGGUUGUAAUAGUAGGCUCGAUCAUACUGAAAUCCAUGACAAGUUGUCCAUUUCAACUUAUCCUGAUAGGUCUAAUUUAUGGAAAUUCUUCCCUAAGUUAUUAUGAUUCAGAAUCGUGUAAAAAUUCCACUUUCAAUAGCCCACAAGGUUGAACUUGUGCAUGAUUUUGGAUGCAA